AUGGAUACAAAUGAUACUAAUAGACAAGGCGAUCAGCCAUUGGCACAGCAACAACUACCAAGAAAGAAAUGUCACGGUAAUCGACAGGAUCAACGUUUUCGAAGAAAAUGUCGUAAACGAGGAAUGAAACCAAAGAAAAUUAAAAAAUUACUCAAAGAGCGAAAACGUGGUAAAAAAACGAAGACUCAAAAUAAAAAUAAUCCACAAGUGGAACUAUUAAAUCAAGAAUUCACUGAUACCAACAGUAACACUCCAUUGUUAACAACAACAACAACAACAAUUGGAAAUCUUAACAAACGUAAAAGAGAUAUAUCAGUACAAGAUUUUCAAACGCAUUCAACAGCGACGGUACCAAAAUCGAACACAGAAUUAAAUAAAUAUCAAACUGAAUUGAAUACACAAAAACAAUCAUGUCCAAUAGUAGAUCUAUCAAUGGAUCAAAUUGAUCAAUGUUUAAAACAAUUUAUUGAUAGUCAACGACAAUAUUUAUUGACAAGAAAGAAAAAUGAAUUAAAAAAAUUUAAAGAUCAUAUUUCUACGAACGAAAUAAUUCAAUCUGUAUCCAUCCAACAUCAACUUACAGUGGUUCAAAAUGAAUUUUUACAACAAGCGAUGAUAAUACGGCAACAAGAAUUGAAAAUAUGGGAGGAAAUUCUUAUGUUUGAAAUCCGAAUAUCAUGCAAAUUUUUACCAUUAAAUUUUUAUCAAAUGGAAACUUUUAUUGUACCUCUAUCUUAUAUACCAGUAAUUAAAGAACAAAAAGUAAUAGAAUUCAACAAUAAACAAUAUAAAAUUAUACAAGAAGGAAAACGAAAUUGGUUAGAUAUCUUUUUACAUACUUAUGAAAUUAAAUUACAACAAUAUGAACAACAAUAUGAAAAUAUAUUUCAACAAUUUCAAGGACCACAACAAUUAUCAACUGGUCAGAUAACUACUAUGGAUGAUUCAUCUGAUUUAAUGAAUAAAACACAAGAAUAUAUAAAUAAUCAAACAAAUAAAUUAAAAGAAGAUAUUUCACAAAAAAUGGCAUUUUUUCGAAGAAAACUAUUAACAUAUCGUCAAAGUUCAUCAACAAGUAAGGAUACUGUCGGUGUUUCUCCUGAAUCUUAUCUUGCUCUAUAUGAAAAUCCAUUUAACACAUGUCAAUGGAAUCAACUUUCCCUCGGUCCAUCAUUUAUAAGAUUAAAUCAAACUGCAUGUCGUCCUCAAGAUCAACAAAAAAUUGAAAUUGAAAAUCAAUAUAAAGAUAUUACUCAAAAAGUUAGAAAACAUCUUACAUCUUAUCCUCAUUUGGUACCAUUUACAUCACCCUAUUUCAAACAAUAUGAACAUCAUCUUCGUAUUUAUCUUAACCAUUGUUAUUUUGCACCAGUACCAUAUAAAGAUCAAAUGCAAUCUCUUGAACAAUUACAUAUUGCUACAACAAUUCGAAAAACUAUUAAACAAAACAAGCUUAUUCUUCGUAGGACUGAUAAUGGUCAUAAUUUUUAUAUUGGUUCAGCAAAUGAAUAUGAAAAAAAAGUACAAAACUUUUUUCAAGAUACAAAAGCAUUCGAAGAAUUACCUGAAAAUCCAUUGGAUCAAAUUGUAGAUAAAGCCAUCGAGUUACUCAAUCAUCUUCGUCAAAAAGGACAUAUUUCCAAACAACAAUACGAUGAAAUGGUACCUGAUCGAACUGAAACCGAACUUCCUCAUUUAUAUUUUAAUCCAAAAACACAUAAGGAUGGUAUACCAGUUCGACCCAUUGAAAAUAAAAGAAUACGACCUAUAUUCAAUGAAAUAUGUCAACCAACAAACAUUACUGAUGGUAAUUCUUUUCUUAAUGAAAUGUUUAAAUAUACAAAGAAAGGUCUUUUAAAACCAACAACUCUUUUUUGUAUAUUUGAUAUACGUAACUUAUAUACGAUGCUACCACAAGAUGAAGCAUUAAAUAUUCUUAUUGACUUUCUCUAUACACAUGGAUAUCGAAAUGUACAGGGAAUCUCUCUUGAUACAAUAAGAAAACUAGCUUCUUUCGUCAUCAAAGAAAAUGUUUGUGCUUAUAGUAAGAAAAUUUAUCGACAAAUCAUUGGUGGUGCUAUGGGUUCAUCAUUUACAUUAACACUUGCUAAUAUAUUUAUGUGGAAAUGGCAAAAAGAUAUUGUUCGUCAACAAGAUGUUACAUGUGAAUUUUAUGGCCGGUAUAUCGAUGAUGUUUUUAUGACAUGGAAUCGGUCAGAAGAAGAUCUGAUAAAUUUAUUAGAUCAAGCUAAUACAUGGCAUCUAAAUAUUAAAUUAGAUUAUAAAAUUGGUAAAACUGUGCCAUUUUUAGAUAUUUUACUGACAAAUAACAAUGGUAUUCUAUCAACAUCUGUCUAUCAUAAGCCAGCCGCUGAACCUUAUGUUGUACCAUUUCAAUCUGAUCAUCCACGACAUAUAUUCGUCAAUAUUAUACAAAAUAGUCUUAAACAUGCACUGAAAUAUUCAUCGACAUUUGAAGCAUUCAGUCAUGAACGACGUUAUAUAAAACUAAUGUUAUUAUAUAAUGGUUAUCCAUCAUCAUUGAUUGAAAAUCAAUUUCGAAAAUUUUUCCAUGAACACAUCUCUUCAACGUCAUUACUAUCUUUUAUUAUCAAUGAAAAACAAUUUCAUGUGAUGCGUCAAACUAUUCAACCAAAUGCAAACACAAGUGAUAUUCUUAAUAUUUUAACAAUUGAUAAUCAACAAAAUACUAUAACAACAGCAACGACGACAACAACGAUGGCACCAUCUAAUAAUGAAGAUAAAACAAGUGACAAAAAAAUGAUAAAACAUUAUUUAUUCAUCUUAUAUAUGAAAAGCGUUUUCAACCUAUGA